AUGAGCUCUUAUGUUGACAGCUGCAAUUUGAGGCAAACAGGCGAGACAAGUUCUCCCAACACUGUGUUUAGAUUCGAUCUCUCCGGGCGCGCGUCCAGCCGCUAUGAGGGUGCUAAUGUGAACGGGAUAUUCACUUGUCCCGUCCCCACGACCUCUGCGCAACGGGUGGAGAUGCAAACUAGCCUGCGUGGCAACACGGGAACUCCUUUGCCGCGUGGACCACAGAGAACCAUGCUCUCCGGUGGCUCCUCCGUGGACGCAAGCGGGCUCAACUACAGCAGCAAGGCGCUGCUGCUGGGACGAGGAGCGGACAGAGACUCGGAGAGGAGCGCAAAAUCCAGCUGCGGCACGAGCCAGGACAACGACAGAAACGCGGAACCAAACGCGCAAGCGGCGAAGCGCCACGCAAGUGUGAACCAGGACGGUGAGCAGCGGCCGCAGAUUUAUCCAUGGAUGACAAAACUGCACAUGAGCCACGAAUCGGAGGGUAAGCGUUCCAGGACCAGUUACACCCGCUACCAGACUCUGGAGCUGGAGAAAGAGUUUCACUUCAACCGCUACCUGAGCCGCCGCAGGCGCAUAGAGAUCGCCCACACCCUGUGUCUGAACGAGAGGCAGAUCAAAAUCUGGUUCCAGAACAGACGGAUGAAGUGGAAGAAGGACUCUAAGAUCAAAGUGAAGGAGUAAAAAGUGCGCUUGGGGAACGGAGUGCAUGCUGCACACUGACCUCCGGAUGAACUACUGUAGGAGCAAUGACAUCAUGACACCGCUCUGUGUGCUUCAUCACCAAUUAUGUGUCACUCGCUGCAGUUUGGGACCUGUAAUGUAUUGAAUAUCGCUCACUUUGAUCAAUCGGUUUACAUUUGUAAAUGAAUUUGCAGCCCCUGCGAUGAUAACCUUACUUUAAGUGCACGAACGGGACAAAA